AGCUAACUCCUCCUGCCAGUAGGGGGACUCUUCUUCAACGGUUGUUCUUCUUCGCGUUGGACUAGACUACUGCCUCUCUUCUUCACUCUUACUUUAACUGUCUAUGAUUACUUCACUUCUUCCAGCAUCAUCAAUCUCCACCAUCAUCCCUUCUCUUCAGACCUAACGCAUACAAAACCGGAUUAUAUCCUAAUCUGUCUCCCGAAAACUAACAUCUGAUAUCAGUAUGUCUGACAAGAGUGAGCUGAAGGCUGAACUGGAGAGGAAGAAGCAACGGAUCGCCCAGAUUCGAGAGGAGAAGAAGAGAAAAGAAGAGGAGAAGAAAAAGAAGGAUGGAGACUCGAAGCGUGGCGCUGAGGCGGGGUCCUCAGCUGGUCAUGAAGACUCUGACCUAGAGAGGAAGAGGAGGGAGGCAGAGAUGAUGCUGCAGAGUGUCGGCAUAACCCCUGACAUAGCCCACGCUCAGCCCCUGAGGGUAGUAACAGAAGAUACGUGUCUGUUUCACUACCUAGUCCCCGCCCCCAUGUCUCCCUCCAACAAAUCAGUGGGCAGCGAUGCAGGAAGCCAAGAUUCUGGGGACGGAAACGCAGGACCAAGGACAUUGCAUUGGGAUCCUGACCCCUCUACUCUGCAACUCCACUCCGACUCUGAGCUGAUGGGACGUGGAGCAGUGAGGCUGGGAAUGUCCAAAGUGACCCAGGUGGACUUUGUCCCAAAGGAAAUGGUGUCCUACUCCAAAGAAACACAGACACCCACUACGGAGGCACUGACACACACCGAUCAAAAAGCAGAUGAGGAAGAGGAUGAGGAUACAACUGCUCCCCCAACAGCAGAGGAUACCCAGGAUGAGAAAGAUGAACACGGUGAAGAGCAGGAGGAGGACACUCCCAAAGAGCUGACAGAAGAAGAGAAGCUGCAAGUCCUGCACUCUGAGGAAUUCCUGUCGUUUUUCGAGCGAGGCAGCAGAAUUGUGGAGAGAGCUCUGGCUGAGCAUGUGGACGUCUGCUUCGACUACAGCGGCAGAGAUCUAGAGGAUAAGGAGGGGGAUUUGCAGGCAGGUGCAAAGCUGGUUCUCAACAGACAGUUUGCAGAUGAGCGCUGGACUAAAAACAGAGUGGUUACCUGUCUGGACUGGUCACCUCAGUAUCCAGAGCUGCUGGUGGCUUCAUAUAACAACAACGAGGACGCCCCCCAUGAGCCGGAUGGAGUGGCUCUGGUCUGGAACCUGAAGUACAAGAAGGCCACACCUGAGUACAUCUUCCACUGCCAGUCAGAGGUGAUGUCAGCCGGCUUUGCAAAGUUCCACCCCAACCUGGUAGUGGGUGGGACGUACUCCGGACAGAUUGUCUUAUGGGACAACAGGAGCAACAAGCGCACCCCUGUCCAGAGAACUCCCCUGUCUGCAGCUGCACACACACACCCAGUCUACUGCGUCAACGUGGUCGGAACCCAAAAUGCUAACAACCUGAUCAGCAUUUCCACCGACGGCAAAAUGUGCUCCUGGAGCCUGGACAUGCUCUCCCAGCCACAGGACAGUCUGGAGCUGGUGUUCAAACAGAGCAAAGCGGUGGCCGUCACCUCCAUGGCCUUCCCUCUGGGCGACGUGAACAACUUUGUGGUGGGGAGCGAGGACGGCUCGGUCUACACGGCCUGCCGCCAUGGGAGUAAAGCGGGUAUCACUGAGGUGUUUGAGGGCCACCACGGCCCUGUUACCGGGCUGAGCUGUCACAGUGCCGGAGGACCCGUUGACUUCUCGCAUCUCUUCAUCUCAGCCUCUUUUGACUGGACAGUCAAACUCUGGAGCACUAAGAGUACCCGUCCGUUGUACUCGUUUGAGGACAGUUGUGACUACGUGUAUGAUGCCAUGUGGUCUCCAACACACCCUGCUCUGUUUGCUUGUGUGGACCUAGCUGGACGUCUGGACCUGUGGAACCUCAACAAUGACACAGAAGUUCCCACUGCGAGUGUGUGUGUGGAAGGGGCCUCAGCGCUGAAUCGUGUGAGAUGGGCUCACUCUGGUAAAGAGAUAGCCACCGGAGACUCGGAGGGACAGGUGCAGGUCUACGACGUAGGGGAGCAAAUCUGCGUGCCAAAGGCUGACGAGUGGACGCGCUUCGUCAGGACGCUGGCUGAUAUCAACGAGAACCGAGAUGAAGCUGAGGAACUGGCCAACGUCUGAUGUUACAAACCCUCAUACAUUUCUCUCCAGUACUCUACACCACUUAUAGCACACUACACUACACUACACUACACUGCCUCUCUCUGGCUUCCAGCUUUUUCCACCUACGACAACAUGAAUUGGCCUGAGGAGAUUUGCAGAGCUAGAAUGGAUAGAAAAAGACGGUUUUAGACAAGUUUUAGAUGUGUUUUCAUGUUUCUUUGAGAGUUUUAAAGUACAAUAGUAGGGACAGUGAAUGUCACGUGUAGCAGCAGUAGGACAGAAACCACAGUGAAGUGGUUGAAAGUGUAACUGACAGAGGAAUACAGCGAGGUUGUUUUCACCAUAGAUGUGACUUCUAGCUUUGGUAACAUCCUCAGGGCUCUAGACACUGCUCUUCUCCUGAGGCCUCCAACCAACUCAGCCCUUUUUUAAAUAUGCAAUCCUUUGUACUUGCACCUUUUUUAUUACCAUGAGUGUUUUUUUUUAUGUGUUUUAAGAUUUUCCAGACACGCUUUUGCACAUGGCUGACGAGAAAAAGAAAAGCUGACAUAUUACUAUCAGAUCCUCUUUUGUCCUCAGCUGCACUCGCAUUUGAUGACAUAAAAACCAGCCGACGUGCUCAUACGUGCACACUCGGGGCCUGUGCAGAAGUGUGACAUUUUUACAUUUCAACCACUACGAUAUUUAAUAUUUAUUCUGGUGGUUGCAUUUAUUUAUUUUGUGUAUUGUUUAAAAACAAAUGCUGCUUUGUACUAAAAGCUUGAGUUGUACAUUCCUAAGAUUAGCACUACAAGCUUUUCACCAGGCAAAAUCGGUUCCUAUACUCGCCUCGAAUAUAUUGACACUAGUACAGUUUAGUAGUGAUUUCUGCACCAAAGGUGAUUUUUUUGAUACUCUACCUCUGUAAUGAGAAGUAGAAACAGUUUCCUGACGCGUCCUCUUUAUGGGGAUCUAAAUGACUUUUUAUUAAGGUUUCAAUGGCGGUGUAAAGCUGAGGUUGGAAACUCAUUUUUACCACAGUACAUGAAUUGACUUUCAUUAGUUUACCUUUUCCAUCCAAUAUUUAAUUCCUUCCAGGAUGCAGCAGUCUAACCUCAGCAGGCUGGUAUGAAUUUCAGCUUCAAAUGUUUUCUCUUUAAUGUUUAAGAUGAGCUAUAAAAAAAAAA